AGAAGGACGAGAGAGGUGGCUGAGGAGCCCGCUCAGCUCUCUCCUGCCCUACUGGGACGGGGUGGCCGGCUGGAAACACUUAUUAAUUCAUUACGAGCGGGCAGAUGUCCCUUUAAGGUCCUGUGCUCCCUGAGGGCUGCAGCCGGAGGUUUGAGGGGGCACAUUUGGCUUUAUUUGUACAUCUUAGCGCUAGGCUCGUUCUACGGGGAGGUGUCCAAAAGCUCAGAGGUCUCUGAGGGGGAGGUGGGAGGAAAGUUGUGUGCGGGGGGAGGAAGCUAAAUUCUUCUUGAUGCGGAGAAGCAGCGCAAAGACUGAAUAACAAACAGGAAAUGCCUGACUCGGCUGCAGGGCGGGCGGGCGGCGCAGAGCCCUGAGCUCCCUCCACUCGCAGCGCAGCGCUGGCAGCGGGACCCUCUCGCACCGACCCUGCCCCCGGACCGGGCUCCCGGGCCCGCAGGAGCCCAGGCAUGGCUGCCUCCUACUGGAUGCUGACAGCUCUUUUUCACCUUAUUGGCUCUUCUAAUGUUGAUGUGAAAAAUGCAAUGACCUUCAGUGGGCCUCUGGAAGACAUGUUCGGGUACACUGUUCAACAGUAUGAAAAUGAGGAAGGGAAAUGGAUACUUAUUGGUUCACCAUUAGUUGGCCAACCUGAGAAAAGAACAGGAGAUGUAUACAAAUGCCCUGUAGGAAGGGACACCCAAUCUCCCUGCAUAAAACUGAACUUACCAGCUUCUACUUCAGUUCCCAAUGUUGUGGAAGUAAAAGAAAACAUGACUCUUGGAACAACUUUGGUAACUAACCCAAAAGGAGGCUUUCUGGCAUGUGGACCACUCUAUGCUUAUAAAUGUGGCCGUUUGCAUUACACAACUGGAGUCUGUUCUAAUGUGAGCUCCACUUUUGAAACCGUCGAGGCAAUUGCUCCAUCUGUUCAAGAGUGUAAAAACCAGCUGGACAUUAUUAUAGUCCUCGAUGGGUCCAACAGCAUUUAUCCAUGGGAGAGUGUCACAGACUUCCUAAACAGCCUCCUGAGAAACAUGGAUAUAGGUCCUCAGCAAACACAGGUUGGAAUUGUUCAGUAUGGGCAGACUGUAGUCCAUGAAUUUUUCCUGAAUACAUACUCAACAACAGAAGAUGUGAUGGCUGCAGCCACAAGAAUACGUCAGCGCGGUGGCACACAAACCAUGACAGCCCUGGGAAUAGAUACAGCAAGGAAAGAAGCUUUUACUGAGGAUAAUGGUGCUCGAAGAGGAGUACAAAAAGUGAUGGUUAUUGUGACUGAUGGGGAAUCACAUGACAACUACAGAUUAAAAGAAGUGAUUGAUGAUUGUGAAGAUGAAAACAUUCAGAGAUUUGCUAUUGCUAUUCUUGGCAGCUACAGCAGGGGAAAUUUAAGUACUGAGAAAUUUGUAGAGGAAAUAAAGUCAAUUGCCAGUAAACCUACUGAAAAGCAUUUCUUCAAUGUCUCAGAUGAAUUAGCUCUUAUAACUAUUGUUGAAGCGCUUGGAGAGAGAAUAUUUGCUCUGGAAGCAACAACAGACCAGCAAGCAGCCUCAUUUGAAAUGGAAAUGUCUCAAGCUGGUUUCAGUGCUCAUUAUUCCCAGGACUGGAUCAUGCUUGGAGCUGUUGGAGCAUAUGAUUGGAAUGGCACAGUGAUCAUGGUGAAGGACAGCGAUAUUUCUAUGCCAACUAAUGAUACUUUUCGCGACAGGCAUUCAGAAAAAAAUGAACCCCUUGCAGCCUAUCUAGGAUAUACCGUGAAUUCCGCACUGACGCCUGGAGGUGUGCUAUACAUAGCAGGGCAGCCACGAUACAAUCACACUGGCCAAGUUAUCAUCUAUAAAAUGGAAGGAAAAGAGGUACAAGUGCUUCAGAGGCUAAAUGGUGAACAGACAAAGUUUGACUAUCAGAUGAGUCUUGAACCUAUAAAGCAAACAUGCUGUUCGGCCAUCAAACAGGACACCUGCAAAGUUCUUAAGAAUGAGCCUUGCGGUGCACGCUUCGGGACUGCGAUUGCUGCAGUGAAGGAUCUCAACCUUGAUGGAUAUAAUGACAUUGUAAUAGGGUCUCCCUUAGAGGAUGAUCACCGGGGAGCUGUUUAUAUUUAUCAUGGCCAUGGCAACACAAUCAGUAAAAAAUAUUCACAGCGUAUUGCAUCAGGUGGAGAUGGGGAAAAAGUGAAAUUUUUUGGCCAGUCUGUGCAUGGAGAAAUGGAUUUAAAUGAUGAUGGGCUGAUUGAUGUCACCAUUGGAGGCCUUGGUGGGGCUGCCCUCUUCUGGUCUCGUGAUGUGGCUGAAGUAAAUGUUUCCAUGCAAUUUACACCCAAAAGCAUCAAUAUCCAACAGCAAAAUUGCCAGAUAAACAUAAGGAAAACAAUAUGCAUAAGUUCCACAAUUUGUUUUAAGACCAGACUAAAGUCAAAGGAAGAUACAUUAGAAUCCAAUCUGCAAUAUUGGAUUACUCUUGACUCACAAAGACAAAUAUCUCGAAGCUUGUUCAUGGAAAGUCAUGAAAGGAAAAUGCAAAAAAAUAUAACUGUCAAAGGGUCCGAAUGUAUUAAACAUAACUUCUACAUGUUGGAUAAGCCUGACUUUCAGGACUCUGUAAAGGUUUUGCUGGAAUUCAAUUUUUCUGAUCCAGAGAGUGGACCUGUUCUUGACAGCAAUCUGCCAAAUUCAGUAUCUGAAUAUAUUCCUUUCACCAAAGAUUGUGGAGCAAAAAAUAAAUGCAUUUCAGAUCUUGUUCUGAAAGUAAAAGCAAGCAUAGCUGGAGACAGUUCUUCUCCAUUCAUUGUAAAGACACGCAAUGAUAAAUUCACUAUCCAGCUCUCUGUGAAGAACAAAAAAGACAGUGCUUACAAUACCAGAGUUUUGGUUCGAUAUUCUCCAAAUAUUAUUUUUUCUGGCAUUGAGGAUAUACAGAAAGAUAGCUGUGAAUCUAAUCACAACAUCACUUGUAAAGUGGGAUAUCCAUUUCUAAAACCUGCAGAAGAGAUUUCCUUCAAAAUAUCAUUCCAAUUCAAUGCAUCAUAUCUCCUGGAAAAUGCCACAAUUCAUGUAUAUGCAACAAGUGACAGUGAAGAACCACCUGAGACCUUGAGUGACAACAGAGGACAUGUUACAAUUCCAGUAAAAUAUGAAGUAGGAUUAAUAUUUGUAAGUGUUUUCAAAGAACACCACAUUAUAAUUUCACCAAAUGAUACAGUUCCUAGUGCUAUUAACACAACUGAGCAGAUUGGAGAUGAAGUUACUCUACAUUAUAGGAUUGAAAAAGGUGAACACUUCCCAAUGCCAAACCUCACACUGAAGAUCUUAUUCCCCAAUAUAACAGCAGCCAAGAACACUCUUCUCUAUCUUACUGCAUUGUCACAUUCCCAAAAUGCCAUCUGCCAAAGCAGUUACCCUGUAGAUCCUUUCAAGAUCAGCACUGGGAAACCAUUUGUGUUGACAAAAAUAAGAGAACCUACAAAGGAUACAAUUAUGGACUGUGAUACAUACAGCUGUGCAUCCAUAAACUGUGCCCUGGUCCCAUCUGAUGUAUAUCAAGUGAAUGUUUCACUAAGAGUGUGGAAACCUACCAUCAUAAAAGCAAGUAUUCACAGCUUAACCCUUGUUGUGAAAGCACUACUUAGGAGUGAGAACUCAUCACUGAUUUUGAGAAAUGACCAUCAAAAACUGGAGACUAUGAUUAAGAUUUCCAAAGAAUUCCCACCAGGUACAGUUCCAUUAUGGGUUAUUCUCCUGAGUAUCUUUGCUGGACUCUUGAUUCUUGCUCUGCUUAUAUUUGCUUUGUGGAAGGCGGGAUUUUUCAAGAGACCACUAAAGAAGAAAAUGCAAAAAUGAAAAAAAAAAAAAAAAGCAGAAAUUUUUGCUCAGGUCUGCCUCAAAAAUGUCACUGUAAACUCAAAAACUUAUACAUACAGUGGUUACAAUGUUUCUUAAACUCUGGUGCAUUAAUAAAAAAGAAGCAGAACAAAAAGAAAUAAAUCAAGCACUCAUGCAUACAAAUGAUGCAAAGGAAGAAUAAAAAGCCUUAUUACAUUUUGUGAUACUUAAGGGCAUACUUUCCUGUUUUACUCAUUUUUGGAGAGUGACUGAGCUUAAAGAUUCUGAUGUUUUUCAAUAUGGAAAAUGUGUAAUCCUAUUUUUAUAUAUGUAUGUAUGUGGACUCCUUCUUCAUUCCAAAUUAUGUAACAAGUCAUCUUUUAUGUAGGAAUCCCAGUCUUCUUUAUCACCUUACAUUUUUCAAAAGGAAAAAAUGUAAUUUCCAAAACUUCCUCCUUAUGUCAGUUCUGUGAGACCAGUAUGCCGGUGAAACAGAACAUGCAAAAAUUGAGAAUUUACCAAAUACAGUAUUGUAACUGAUGUGAUGCCAAUUCAGAAGAUGGAAGCACCUGCAGAAUCUUGAGUGAAAAUUACUGAAAUGCCUUGGACUUCUCUUUCUGCUUGUUUUAGAGUUUCCAGCUGGAUACAGGCUUUUCCAAGAAAGAUUUUUUUAUGGUCAAAUGAACCAUAAAGGAUUGAUCUAUUAAAUUACAUAACUGUUUGAACUUGAAACAGAUUUUUGGCAGGCCUAAAAAUGUAUGCACAAAACAUUAAAGUCCACCUGAUUGUACACUGUACUCAAAUAAUCCGGGGCACAAUUGUGUCUGCAAAUUGAAAAGUCCUUCUUUAUGCAGUGAAAGCUUAGAGGUACCCUGAGAGUUUGACUCUUGCUGUAUAUCUUGGAGUAACCAGAGGGGUGCUUUCUUAAACUGUCACUGUAAAUUUAUUGUGAACCUGUUUAAUUUGAAGAGUUUAAAGUGAACAAAAUUAUAAUUAACAAAGAAUCACAGAUAUGGAAACUCAGGACCGGAAACCUUUUUUAAGUAUUAUAAAUCACACCUCAUCCUUAUACUUAAAUGUUUCAAAAGUGGUGAAGGAUUUGCAUACUAAAUAAGCACUUAAAAUGUUUAUUUUGUGUCAAAGAGUAGAAUUUUAUACGUGAAUACACUGAAAUCUAGAUAGCAAAACAUUUCUGUCAAUCUACUUAAACUAUUCUGUUUCCUUCUUUCUUUAAAGCACUUGUUUUCCUUCCACAAGGAUCGGUCCCCAAGGACUCUUGGGUUGUGUCUAGUCCUUGAGAGUAUCCUGCAUAAGUUGCAGCCACACAAAAUUAAUAGAAGAAAAUGUGGGCAUGCUUUGUUGCCCCAGCAUGAGAUGACUUGAUAUUGAUUGCCAAUAGAUCAGAAAAUGUUGAGGAGUCAUAUUAAGUUUUGCCUCACCAAGGAAGCCAGGAAAAUUUGACAAAUGUCACUGAAAUGAAAAAAGGUUUUAACUUUGCACUGCCUUUAUAGGCAUUGCUUUAAAAGCAAUAAUAUAUGUUAAAAAGACCUCUUUUUUUUCUGUUUUUUUCUUUAAGAAGAGACCACAGAUUGAGUGGAACAUUGUGGCAAGUGCAGCAUGUUAAGUGUGCCAGAAGGUGCUUUAUUGUUUGAAAUGUGUAAUAUUGAAGUCCUUUCUAUUAAGUCUUAAUUAGAGAGAUUAGUUAUUGGGAGAGGAUGAGAUAUAUGUGAAUGCAGCAAGUAGGAUUAAGUCUGAUAUUUCUCCUUGUGUCUGUGGGAAAGAUGGUUAUUUCAUAACAACAGUCUGCUGAAGGUAGCAGCACGAAUCAGAGGAGAGGGCAAAGCGUUCUGUGGGAACACUGUGGGUGGCUGUGCUUAGCAGAGCCUGGCAGAGCCACCAAGUCUGCAGGCGGACUUGCUGUGCUGGCUGCAGGCCUAACAGUGUGCCCAAACCAAAGGGGUGUGAGAUGAAUUGUGAGCAGAGAAGGAAGACC